AUGGCUGCCGCUGCCGUACUACCCGCCCCUCCCCAUGAUGCCGUCAUGCCUGUCAACAAGGAUAUCUCGCCGCAGUCCACUCCCUCAGAGUCUACCUCUGGGUCUACCUCAUCCACAGCCCUGCAAAAUCCCAGUCUGACCGACAGCACUCGAACCAGUGAGACCCUGAACGAGAAGGACGCCCAGCAGGUACCACGCCUGGACGCCGAUGGCAAGGUCAAUGGGCCAAAGCCUGGCUCCAUUGGUCUUCAGAAGACCAGGUCAAAGAGGCUGCGCCAAUCUUUGUCUUCCAAGCGCAGUAGCAAAUUAGCCAAUGUCCCCGAGGAACAGGCUGAUGCCGCCGAACCUGACAGGUCCGUAUCGACCAGUCGGUUCAAGACGUUCGUCAAGUCCUUCAAGUACCUGUACAACCUGACCCCCAAGCAGGUGGAUGACUUCAUGGCAUCCUACAUCAUCUACAACCUGGACUGGGAGAACGAGGCUGAGAUCAUCGAGACUCUGGGUCCUAACUACCAGCAAAAGGUUGGUGACUGCCUCAAGUCAUACUACGGAGUGCUCAACCACCUCUGUGCCCUGGGUGACGUCGAGAAAAUGUACAUCCCACCCGCCAUGAACAUGAAGGUCUCUGUACGCGACAACCAGCUGCUGUACGAGGAGUCCAUCGCUCGGGACCUUGGCUUGAAACCUGGUAUGAGGGUACUGGAUCUCGGGUGUGGACGAGGCCGCGUUGCUGCCCACAUGACAAAGUACUCAGGCGCCCGCGUCACAGGCCUCAACAUCGAGCCCAAUUCGAUUGCCCAGGCUCAAGCUUUCAACGAUGAGUUGGGUUUCGACAACGACUUCAUCAUCAAGGACUUUAAUGACUUGCCGCUCCCUUUUGAGGAUGAGACUUUCGACGCUUUCUAUAACAUUCAGGCCUUCAGUCUCGCCAAAGACCACCCUGCCCUUGCAAAGGAGGUGUAUCGUGUCCUCAAACCUGGUGGCCGCUUUUCGUCCCUGGACUGGGUCAAAUAUCCGGCCUAUGAUGAGAAGAACCCUGAGCAUACGCAGCUCAUGCGCCGUGUGAAGCCACUCAUCGGUGCAGUGGGAACACCCACCCCGAUAUCCAUGGAGAAGGCGCUCACCGACGCGGGGCUGUUCGUCACAGUCUCGGACAACGCCAGCAUCGCCACAGAUGGCCUUCAGAGCCCGCUCAUCGGCAAGGUGGACUUUUACUUCCGGUCGAUGCGGCAGCUCAUCCUGGCGCUGGUCAAGGUGCAUGCACUGCCAGCCCACUUCAAGACGCUCAUCAACCGGUUUUGCCUGGAUGGUGAGGCAUUCGUCAAGAUGGACGAGAUGAGGCUCAUCACGACCAGCUAUCGUAUCAUUGCCGAGAAACCGCAAAAGGCAUAG